UUGUGAGAUCCGGCAACAGAUGGCGGCUGUGGCUGGGACGACGUCCAGCACGAAUUGACGGGGGUGGAAGCACUGAUGGGGGGGAGUCCGGACUAACUUCUAGGGGUGGGCUGACUUAUAAGGAAAAGAGACAAGGCCUCGCCAACUUGUUCUGACUGAGAAAUUCCGGUUUACAGACUUGGGAUUUCUUCCCCCCCAACCCUUUAAACCUUGGGAUUCUUCCUGGAGGCCGCAGAAGCCUCGGGCUAGAUUUGGCAGCAACACCCAUCCGAGUGUACGAAGACGUCUAUGGGAUUGUUUGGAAAGUCUCGCGGAACGUAUUUGCCCUUAUUUCUCGAUUUAAAAUCUUGACAUUUGUAUUUUCUACAGUCCGUUGAAUUAACCCGACAGCCAAAAAUUGAAUUAAUAUCGAGCAGAAAUAAAGUUAUGAGACGUGCUAACUGCAUAGCCACCUAGCUCUGAACGGUGCUAGUUAGCGGAACUCCAGGAUUUUUUGAAUGAAUGAACGAGAAGGCAGCCGCCGGUAUCUCAGUAAAAACGCCUCGUUAUUGCAAAAAAUAACGCAAUUAUUUCAAAUCUAACAAGAGGUUGAGCCUAUUUGGCUUACUCUUGUUCGACUGCUUCCCUCAAAUGGACAGGAAUGCGGCUCCUGGGAGAAGGUGGACAGCGGCGGUUUAGCCUUUUAGUGUUGUGCUAAUACUGACCGCAGCCUGGUGAUGUUAAUGAGGUUUGAGGGAAGCGAACUUUAGCUGAAGCUACAAUUAUAUAUUUUUGUUGGCACUACUUGAGAUUUGGCUGCUACAGUGUGAUAGCUUUUUUUUUUGGGAAUGGGGAAUACGGUGUCAUGCUGCGUGUCCCCCGAGUCGAGCCCCAAGCUGCCGUCGAGACAACCGGCAGAGCGGCUGGAGGAGUUCCAGACCAGCACCGAAGUGAGCGAUGAUAACACCGUGCCCUACCUGCAGCACAUCAGCGACAGAGAGGUCCCCGAUGAGCUGGCCUUGGAGUCCAACCCGUCAGACCAUGCCCGAGCAAGUACCAUCUUCCUUAGCAAGUCCCAGACAGACGUACGAGACAAGAGGAAAAGCAACCACAUAAAUCAUAUCAGUCACGUAUCUCCGGGUCCUUUGUCAAAGAAGUACAGCUCCUGUUCCACCAUCUUUAUAGACGACAACACGGUCAGCCAGCCAAACCUCAAAAGCACAAUCAAAUGUGUCACAUUAGCAAUAUACUACCACAUCAAAAACAGGGAUUCUGACAAAUCAUUGGACAUUUUUGAUGAGAAGUUGCACCCCUUAUCAAGAGAGCCAGUGCCAGACGAGUACUGUCGUAUUGACCCAGAACACAAACUGAUCUACCGCUUCGUCAGAACGCUGUUCAGCGCCGCACAGCUCACUGCUGAAUGUGCCAUUGUCACUCUAGUGUACUUGGAGCGCCUGCUGACCUACGCUGAGCUUGAUAUCUGCCCCUCUAACUGGAAGCGCAUCGUCCUGGGAGCCAUCUUGUUGGCCUCCAAAGUCUGGGAUGACCAAGCUGUGUGGAACGUAGACUACUGCCAGAUCCUCAAAGACAUCACAGUGGAGGACAUGAAUGAGAUGGAGCGCCACUUUCUGGAACUUUUGCAGUUUAAUAUCAACGUGCCAGCCAGUGUGUAUGCCAAGUACUACUUCGAUCUUCGGCAGCUGGCUGACGACAACAACCUCAAUUUCCCUCUGGAGCCUCUUAACAACCAGCGAGCCCAGAAACUGGAGGCCAUUUCAAGACUUUGCGAGGACAAGUACAAGGACCUGAGUCGAGCCGCUAUGAGACGAUCCUUCAGCGCAGACAACCUGAUAGGUAUACGACACUCCAACGCUGUGCUGUCAUAGGUCAGACCACUGCCCUCUGAGGGCACAGGAAACCCACAGCCAGUCCUGGACAGAGAACGCCCCCUCACAGGAGUCCAAACAGCCGUAAGGUCGGAUUGAGCUCGGAAAUGCUUCUUACUGUUUGAACUGCCCAAACAGUAACCAGCAUGACGGCCGUAGAGCUGUGCGAUUGUCCAAUUUAACUUGAAAUUCAGGUGUUAACCCUUCACCACAGCAACUAUUGUUUUUACAAAUCUGUCAUUAUUUAUUACUUGUCCCUUUUUUUUCCAAGAAAAUCUGUUGAAUAGGAUUUGCUCUAUUGCAGUUAUCUGAGGGCUACUCUUUGGAUUAUUAUAUUAAUGUGUUUUUUUGUUUUUGCAAAUAUAUCUGAAUUAUUCCACACAGACGUAAAGGAUGAGGCUGGAGUUUAUUCUAUUUUUCUGUCUUUUGUCACCAGAUUUCAUGAAAAGACUAAAAUCACUGUACCUAAAAGAGAGCCACUGGUUGCUACGUAAGGGUUAGAUAUUUAAUAUGGCUCACACAUUUAUCAUUUGGUAAUUAAAGUGGCUCAGUCACUUCUCAUAAACCGAUGCAGUUGCUGUAAUUA